UUUGAAAAUCAUUAGCAGGUGAAUUUAGCAAAUCUUUGUCACAAAAACAGAUAUCCUCUGACGACCCCUUUUUUUAAUCCUCUCUACAUGCCCCCCAUGUCAUACGCAGAAGCCGCUGCACGAGGCGCAAGCCAAAGCCCGAAAGAAGUAAGGAUUCCAGCAAACACAGCACCCCUUUAUCAAUGUCUUGAGAGCUAUUCCUCGCUAACUUUCAAAUACAGGCGUAAGGCCGCCCCCCAACCGGCUCAAAUCGAAGUCGCAGAUAUCGAAACAACAACCUCCUCUCUUGUUGAUGUCGACUCCCCUCACAUCAACACCGUCCCAUCAACCUACGAAUCCCAAUCUGUAAAAACGAAUACCCAGGCCGAGCGCCUCCAGCGCGAAGAGCGUGAAAACCCUCGUGAAGGCAAGAACAAAGAGAAAGGCAAGACGGCUGUGGGUCGAGAGAAGGAAAAGGCCAAAGGAGCUUAUGCGAAGCUGUGUGAGAAUCGGACGAAUCCAGUGCUAGUGACCAACGCAAUCCUGUUCACGGCUGCGAGUGCCGGAUUAGGGUAUGGUGCAUAUCAAAAGUAUUUGAAGGGAGUGUUGACCUGGGACACCGUUAUGUGGUGGGGCGGUGGUAUCGGAGCUGCUGGACUUUUGGAUUAUUAUGUGAGCAGGUGGUUCGUCCAGAACAAAUAUCCGCCAAAAUAACAGCCUCUUUCUUUUCACGGAGUGACGAUUCGGGAAUUUAUCGGACUCAUCCAUGUCUACCAUGACAUGACGAUGCUCCAAUAGCUUGCCAAAUAAUUUCUCCACUUCUUAGCACUUGUUGUUGUUGGAUUUGCACGUCGGAGUUGAAUGGAUAGCUCUAGGUCUAUAUCUGUAUCAAAGCUGCAUACGCAUCUGUAGUAUCUGUAUAUUUUUUAGUACGAUUGAUAGUCCGUCUAAGGAUUUCAAUCAUAUUGUAUGCUCCGGACAGAAAAGCAAAAUUAGUAUAAAUUUGAAGGGCUCCGGAGCGGUCGAGAGCGUCCCCAUUUCUUCGAAGCCUUCGAUGGUCCCCAUAUCGGGAUUUCGUUGGUCCG